ACUCUUUCUAUCCUAUGUUUCCCCCCGCUAGCUAAUAUACAUCGCGCACGUCUUCUACUCUUAAUUAGCUUUUGUUAAUUUUAUUUCUUUCUUCCCCCUCAUGCCUGACUUGGAUCCACCGUAUGGAUUCGCACUACGCAAAAAUAGCCCCUGCCUCGAAAAUGAAGUAAGCGCUAAUGAAACAUGGAGCGGAAUCCAACCAUGCUGUCCCGAGGACACCACCUUUACAAACUCAAGCGUGUGUUGUCCGGAUGAAGAAGACUGUACAGAGGAUAUCAUAAACCCACCACACUGCGCUGAUGAAAGCUGGGAUCUUUUCAAUAACACUCGGGACGACGGAUUCUUCUGUUGUUUGUCGGGGACAAAGGGGUUUUAUCACAGUGACAAGCUGGCGGUUGGGUGUAUAGAUGAUUCCGAUGCUCCUACAAAUUCCGACUACCAGUUUCUGUCGACAUAUUCUACUGGCGCUGCCGCAACAUCGACUACAGUUUUGACAGCUACAUCCAGCACAUCCACAGCCACAGCUACAUCAGAACCAGAAUACGAUGAAUCAACUAGCCCUUCUACUUCAAAUACGGGCGCUAUCGCAGGUGGCGUAGUUGGUGGCGUUGCUGGGUUAGCAAUCAUUCUCGCCUUGCUUUGGUGUUUCAUGCGUCGCCGAUCACAGAAGCAAGCAUCUCAAGAGGAAACGCCCAUCACAAAAGGACCAGUGACACAACCCCACCUUGUCCAGUCUUCAGACAUACCGAGCGAGUUGCACGGUCAAAGUUAUGUGGC